UGAUGCCUCCAUGAUCCAUCAAUUUUUCAUACUCAAAUUCAUCAUAAUUUAUCAUCUUAGUGAUCUAUUUACAACAUUCAAUUGUGAAUUGUUGUUCAAUCAACUUCAUUCAAAUUAUGCCCUCAUUAUGCCGGCGGUUACCCGCCGCCGGCGCCGCUGCAUCGGCCGGUCAUGUUCACUUCCGGCAGCUCGCCGGUAUUUGCGGGGUCCGUUACAGUUAUUCUCCCCAGCGGACGAAGGUUUUGAGAAUACGGUUCGUGGCGGUGGGGCCCACCGGACUCGGCGGCGGCGCGUGGAUGAGGUCCGGCGUGGGAGGCAGGAAGGAGGAGGUGGGGCCCUGUUCCUACGCCGUCGGGAACGAUGCGAUGGUCGGAGGAGGGAACCGGGCGGUGGAAGUGGCGGCGGCGGCGGCGGCGACGGUGGUGCUUGGUGUGGGGAACCGGGUUCUGUAUAAGUUGGCUUUGGUUCCUUUGAAGCAGUACCCUUUCUUUCUUGCUCAGCUUGCCACUUUCGGAUACGUGAUAGUGUACUAUGGAAUUUUGUACAUGCGGUACCAUGCGGGCAUUGUUACUGAAGAGAUGCUAAGUGCACCAAAGACUCCAUUUAUUGUUGUUGGUCUGUUGGAGGCUCUUGCAUCUGCCACCGGAAUGGCUGCAGGAGCAAUUCUUUCCGGAGCAUCAAUUCCAAUUUUGUCUCAGACUUUUCUAGUGUGGCAAAUACUCCUGUCAAUUAUUUUUCUUGGGAGAAGAUACAAAGUCAACCAACUACUUGGAUGCUUUCUUGUAACAAUUGGUGUAGUUGUUACUGUAGCAAGUGGAUCUGGUGCUGGGAAUUCAUUAAAGGAAGGUGGUAUAUUUUGGAGUCUUUUGAUGAUAGUUUCAUUUUUGCUCCAAGCGGCUGAUACUGUGCUCAAGGAGCUUAUCUUUUUGGAUUCAACUCGAAAACUGAAGGGAGGUUCUAUGGACCUGUUUGUUGUCAAUUCGUAUGGAUCUGCUUUCCAAGCACUAUUCAUAUGCCUUCUUCUCCCCUUCUUGUCAAAAUUAUGGGGCAUCCCCUUCAGUCAACUACCAAACUACCUUAAAGAUGGUGCUGCAUGUUUCCUAAAUGUUGGUGCCUUAUCAAGUGGAUGUGAUGGUGCCCCUCUGCUGCCUGUGUUGUUUAUUAUUGUAAACAUAGGUUUCAAUAUUGCAUUGCUUCAUCUCCUCAAGAUCUCUUCAGCUGUUGUAUCUUGUCUUGCUUCCACAUUUUCAGUCCCAAUAUCUAUCUACGUGUUCACCAUGCCAUUGCCAUACCUUGGUGUUGCCUCGUCUCUUCCAACAGGGUUUCUGGCAGGGGCCAUCAUUCUCAUUAUAGGCUUACUCAUUUAUGCCUGGACCCCUUCAAAUGGUUUCUUCUCAGCUUCCACCUAGAGAGUUUAGCAUUACAGAGGGUACAACACUAGAAGGAACUAAUUCAGGUUCACUUUUGUGAUGGUCAUAAUUCUUGUAAUCAUUGUUGGUAAGCAUUCUUGAUGAGCUAAGCUCAAGUGACAAAGAAAGAGUAGGGACGAAAGAGGUCCCAGCUUCAAUUUUGGUGUAAGCUAAAGUAAAAAGUGAAUGGAGAAUAAAAGUAAUUUUGUUGAC